CUUUGGACGAACGAAAGGAGGAGGCGGCAUUUUGAGAAUGAGCAUUCCCAUUCCAGAUAGGAACUCGAUGUAAAUUCUACAUACACAGAUAGGGAAUCGAGAGAGCUUCUCCUGCUGCUUCUAAGGAAAGCAUACUGCCAUCUUCUUCAACUUCAUUUGCUUCAUCAUCAUUGACAUCAAUCUAAGUCCAAACCUUGCAGACGGCCCUGCUCAUGGCCAUUCUUCUCUCACUUCCUCUCCAUACACGUCCAGCAACCAGCCAGAAACACCAUACUGAAUCAACCUCGAGACAGAUUAUCUCUUUACCAUUUGGACCCAACUCUAUCUCCUUAUAUUCCAAACGAAAUGUGCUCCUGAGCACUGCGUCAUUAUGUUUCUUUUCUCUUGCUCUUAAUUUAUCAAUACCUACUGCUUCUGCUGAAAUUGCAAAACCAUCAAAGUCACUUCUUUCUCGCAUAGCCAAUACCAAGAACUGGUUUCUUUUCUAUGGCGAUGGGUUCUCUAUUCGCGUCCCUCCUGAGUUUGAGGAUGUCAUGGAACCUGAGGACUUCAAUGUUGGACUAUCUCUUUAUGGUGACAAGGUAAAGCCAAAGACAUUUGCAGCACGGUUUGCAUCCUCUGAUGGCUCUGAAGUUGUAAGUGUUGUCAUUCGCCCCUCCAACCAACUGAAGAUCACCUUCUUAGAGGCAAAAGAUAUAUUGGAUUUGGGAUCACUAAAGGAGGCAGCAAAAAUAUUUGUUCCAGGUGAUGCAACUCUAUUCUCUGCCCGCACAAUAAAAAUAAAGGAAGAUGAAGGUUUCCGGACGUACUACUAUUAUGAAUUUGGUAAGCGUGAACAGCAUAUUGCUAUGGUAGCAGCUAUCAACAGUGGAAAGGUAAUUAUAGCUGGAGCAACUGCCCCAGAGUCUAGAUGGGAUGAUGAUGGCUUAAGACUCCGUUCUGCUGCUGUGUCACUCACUGUUCUUUAGGAAAAAAUAUUUACUCUGCUAUUCUUUUUCCAUCAAAGGUUGUGGAACACAAAAUUAGCUUAUUUGGUGUAACAAAUAUAUAUUGCUUCGUGUUUGUUCAUUA